AAAUCUCGCCGUUUCUGCUUGGAUUCACGCAUUUCCUGGUCGCCGUUACGACGAGAAGCGCGGCGAAAGCGUUCAGCUGAAGUGACCGCUGCUCGUCGUGCGCUGAUCGUCGUUGCGGACUCGUCUUCAGCAGCUCGUCGUUGCUUCUCCUCGUCGCUCCUCGUUUCCUUGUUCUCUGCUCACUGUUCGCUAUACGCCGCUCUCGUCGCUGUUCGCUGUCCGUCUUUUCAAGAUUUGCUAACACCUGCACCUUCCACCGUGGCUCAACAUCCGCCACGACAUCCGCGACGACGUUCGCGACGGCAUCCGCGACGGUAUCCGCGCGUCGACGCUCGCGACAACAUUCGCGACAACAUUCGCGACGACAAUCGCAGUGAAGUCCAUCCCGACCGUUGACGCUGGGCUUCGCGGAGUCGCUGACCCCUGUCUCAAGACGUUCUAACAUCUACACCUUCCGCCAUGGCUUUACACCCGCCACGACGCUCGCCGCGAUGACGUUUGUGGCGACAUCCGAGACGACUUUCGCGACGACAUUCGCGACGACAUUCGCGACGACCUUCGUGACGUCGUUCGCGAGGUCAUUCGCGACGGUGUUCGCUCUGGAUUCCAUCUAGGCUGUUGACCCCUGUCAACGGGGAUUCGCGGAGUCGCUGACCCCUGUCUCAAGGAGUCAGGGCGUUGGGCAGCGGCAGAAGGAAGGCAGUGGCAGAGGCAAGGGAGCAGCACACAAGCAGCAUGUGGGUAUCCAGCCGGCAAGGGGGGUAUCGGCCCAUGCAACGCAUCAGCUAAGUACUCUCACCUCCCUGCUCCCUCGCUAUUUAUGCCACACCAUGCCACACCAUGCCACACCAUGCCACACCAUGCCACGCCAUGCCACACUAUGCCACACCAUAGCACACCAUGGCACACCAUGCCUGCACAUGCUUCAAAACUGGGCCACUUGUUGCAACUGAUCUCAUUGGGCACAGACCAGCCACUUGGUGAUCCCCCCCCUGGUUUUGACCAUUGGUAUUCCCCUUACCCAG